CACGUGUGAUAAGUUGUCAAAUGAUAAGGUGAAAAUUAGUUACGUUUUUAUUUUAGUAAUUUAUAUUUAAAUAAUAUUCCUAUAAAAUAAUUAAUAUGGGAAUAAUAUUUGGUAAGAAGAAACCACCAAGCAGAAUUACAGCCCAAGAUAAAGCUGUUUUACAACUUAAGCAACAAAGAGACAAAUUGAAACAAUAUCAGAGAAGAAUAGAGAAUUCCUUAGCUUCAGACAGAGAGAUAGCUAAAAAACUACUAGCUAAAGGACAGAAAGAUCGAGCAAAACUACUGUUAAGAAAAAAACGGUAUCAGGAGCAACUACUCGUUAAGACUGACGGACAAUUAGAAAACCUAGAAAAACUAACACACGACAUAGAAUUUGCCCAAAUUGAGUUAGAAGUAGUUGAAGGACUGAAGAAAGGAAACGAAGCACUGAAGAAAGUUAACGAUGCCCUUAAUAUUGAGGAUAUUGAGAAGAUAUUAGAUGAAACAAGGGAAGCAAAGGAAAAACAAGAUGAAAUAUCAAGUUUAUUGAGUGGUGUAUUAACGGAUGAAGAUGAAGAAGCUGUAGAGAACGAACUUGCCGAUAUACUGAAAGAACAAAUGCCAGAAGUGCCAUCAAAUGAAGUUGUUAGCGGUGAAGUAUCGGAAGAAGAGGAACAGGAACCCACGAAAAAAGAAAAAGCCAAACAAAAGUCACCUACAGAACCUGUUGCUUUAGAGGCUUAAAAAAGGAAGUAUAACUUUGUUCACAUUCACAUUAUUUUAAAAUUAAGCUAACUUUUGGUCUUUUGGUCUUGAAAAAUUAUUAACUUUUAAUACCUGUAAAUAAUUUUCUUAUGUACAUAAAAAAAUUAUGUAAAACUAUAUGGUAAUGUAUGCAAUUUUUCACUAUUGGUGUAUUUAGAGUUCAUAAUUUUGUUACACAAUUAUUUUUUACAUUAUUAAAA